GCCCGCCGUGCGGUCACAUUAUCGCUAUUUCUUCAGCAUUUCGCGGGAUCUGUAAUUUUUUAUUGGCGAAUAUUUUGCGUGGUUUUACGAAUUACAUUGACAUUUUAAACGACAAUCAACCGAUUUUACUGCCCACUGCUUCAAAAGCAAUAGUUUUAAUCGAAGAACGAAUCUUCUCUGAUCGCUGAAAAUGUCCGCUGAAGCCGAAGCAAUCGUAACAACGGCCGCCGCCGAUGUGUCCUCACCCAGCAAGACAGUGGCCGUCGAGCCCGUGGCUGCCGAUACGACGCCGGACAAUGCUCCGGCAGUGUCCACCGAGGGAACCGGCAAGGCCGAGCAGGAACGCGCUGAGAAAAUACUCAGGGGCAAGGAGCUGUUCAGUCAGGGAUCGCGAAACUUUCUGGUGAAGAGCUACGACGAGGCGGCCGACGAGCUAAGCCAGGUGUGCCAGCUUUACGAGGAGGUCUACGGGGAGCUGGCCGACGAGCUGGGACAGCCCCUGCUGCUCUAUGCCAAGGCGCUGAUUGCCAUGGCUCUGGAUGAGAACAAAGUGAUCGACGUGCCGGAUGAGGCUGCCGAGGAUGACGACGAGGAUAUGGACGACGACGAAGAAGAAGGUGCCGAGGAUGGAGAGGCCAAGAAAGAGGAUAUUAAAGAGGAUAAGAAGGAAAAGAAGAGUGAGGCCAAAGAGGCCGCAAAUGGAGCGAGCAGCACAAAUGGAAAGGAGCUGGACAGCAUCAAGGAAGCCUCCGAUGAGGCCGACUCCACCGGGGAAGCCGAGCAAGCUCAGGCGGAUGAGAAGAACUCGAAGAAGGCUCCCACAGGCGUUGAUGAAGUAAGCAGCAGCAAUGGCGGUGGAGCAGCGGCCGUCAAUGAUGACGAGCGACCGAGUACUUCUAAUGGGGAAGUCACAGCUAGUUGCUCGAAUGGAGCAGCAGCUUCCACCGGAGAGGAGGAGCCAGAGGAGGAGGAGGGAGUGAGCGGAAGUCUGCAGUUGGCCUGGGAGAUUCUGGAAGCGGCUGCUCAGAUAUUUACGCGACAGGGCCUUAGUGGCCUCCCAUAUUUGGCUGAAGUUCAGACGGAGUUGGCCAACAUUGAGUUCGAGAACGGCAUACUCGAGGCAGCACGCGAGGAUUACGAGAAAGCGCUGAAGAUCCACGGCGAGCUCCCCACCAAAAACCGACGUGCCUUGGCAGAGUUGCACUACAAGAUCGGCUUGACUUAUCUAAUGCAGCAACUUAACAAGGAGGGGGCGACCGCCUUAAGACAAUCAAGUGUGUUGAUCGAGGAGGAAAUUGCCGAGAUCAAGGGCAAGGACGAGCCUAGCGAGCGGGAUAGGAACAAUAUGCUGGAUCUGGAGGAAACCAAGCAAGAAAUACUGGCCAAGAUACAGGAAAUCGAAGAGAUGCAGGCACAGACCAUUGCUGAGGUGCGGGCUGCUCUGGAUAGCUACAUCAAGCCAAUGAGUAGUGGCGAUGCAGCUGCCGCCUCCUCGUCGUCGUCGUCGUCCGCAAAUGGAGCAGCCAGCUCCUCGUCGUCCUCGUCCAAAGGAGCUGCAGCGGCCUCUUCGUCGGCCAUUAGCAGCAGCUCGGCCAAGCCCACAGAUAUCACACAUCUGAUCAAGCGCAAGAAGCCCGAGGAGCCGAGCUCGGAGGCCGAGGCUCUGUGCUCGCCGGCCAAAAGGGCUGCCGUCUAAGGCGGACAUUCCAGUUGCCCAGUGGCACACCCACUCACAACCCAACCACAACCAUGCCCACACAACCCACACACCACACACAUCAGCAGCUACUUAAAGCCACUCACACAAGCAUGCAUUCAACACCAUUCAACUGUUCUACUCCUCGAUCCUAUUUAUACUAUUUUGUUUGCUGUUUUCUACCAAAAUUCUCUGUAAGUCUGUAAGUUUACAAUCACAAUUAGUGCUAAGUGCGUACAUAAAAUAAUGUUUUGUAUUAAACGAAAAACGAAGAAGGAAGGCAAAAAGUGUAAACAAUAAAUGCGGGAGUUUUUCCCAAGAAAGUUA